ACGACCUUGCGAGAAAGCUUAGUGGCUCACCUUUAUAACUGUCUCUCGGGAGCCCGUUCACAUUUUCCAGUAUGAGUAUACCAGUGGUGGAUUUUGGGGCAUACAAGCUGAGUGAAACAGAUGUCUCUCCGGAGCAACUUGAUAACUUGGGUAAACAGCUGAAAAUAGCUUUUACGGAGAUUGGGUUUGUCUAUCUAAGGAACACUGGAAUUACACAGGAGGAGGUGGACUGUGUCAUGGACAUCUGCAAGAAAUUCUUUCUGCAGCCAGAGGAGCUAAAACGUCCCUACAGCAGGGGAAGCUUUGUCAACAUCCGCAACCACGGCUGGGUGUCCUUGGAGAGUGAGAAGCUGAAUCCACGCCACCCGGGAGACUUGAAGGAGGCAUUUAACGCAACAUCUCUCCGCUCUGACAUAAAAUGGCCAUCAGGUGAUUUGGCGGCGUUCCGGGAUGUCCAGACAUCUUUUUUCCUGCGGUGUAAAGAGCUUUCACUGCGAGUGCUUAGGGUGAUGGCCCACAGCCUGGGUCUGGAGCCAGAGGUGUUCGUCAGCGCACACAGUUUGAUUGGAAGUGACGGGAACACUAGUACGCUGCGAUCUCUGUACUACCCCCCAGUGAACAAUGUGGAGGUAAAGGAGGGUCAGCUGCGGUGUGGUGAACACUCGGACUACGGCAGCAUCACCCUGGUGUUCCAGAGCAGUGAGGGGGGGCUUCAGGUCCUCAGUCGCUCGGGCGACUUUGUCUCUGCUCCCGGCAUACCUGAAACAGCCCUCAUCAAUAUAGCUGACCUGAUGCAGCGCUGGACUUCUGACCAGCUCAUCUCUGCGGUCCACAGGGUUUUGCUGCCUCCUGCUGGCGAAUCACGCGCACGUCAGUCUCUGGCGUUCUUUGUGCAGCCGGACGACGAGGCCCUCAUCACCUGUUGUGACGGCUCUAACAAGUACCCUCCUGUUACGUCAGGGGCCUACCUCACCGAGAGAUACAAUGACACGUAUGGGCGACAGCCAUGGUCCAGCCCUACACCCCCGCCCGGCCACUUCGCUCUGCUGCCUCGGGAUGCCUGGUUGCCCCAUCGCCCAGAGGCCCCUGCUGCCGAUCGACCCGGUCACGGCUCUUUUCUGUACUGGCCCCACAGUGGUGGAAUGAACUCCCCACUGAUGUCAGGACAGCAGAGUCGCUGCCCAUCUUCCAGCGCAGGUUGAAAACUCACCUCUUUAAGAACUACUACCCUUUUACUUGCUCUUAGCACUUAUUGUAUUCACUCAUUAAAAAAAAAAUCUUUCUUGCACUUUACUUUAGCACUGGUUUUGCUCUUAGAUGCUUGUUUAGAUGCACUUAUGACCUCUAAUGACUAGUAGUUCUCCUGAUUUCCUACGUUAAAUGCACUUAUUGUAAGUCGCUUUGGAUAAAAGUGUUGGCUAAAUGACUGUAAUGUAAUGUAAUCAAAAAGACAUACAUGUUAGGGUUAAUACUCCUGUCUGUGCCCCUCAGCAAGGCAAUGGAAAGAACUGGAGUUGGUCCCCGGGCACCACAGCUGCCCACUGCUCCCUUACAAUAGGAUUGAUUAAAUGCAGAGAACAAAUUCAUUGUAAAAAUACAAUUCGUUGUAAGAAUACAAUGACAAAAUAAAGUGUCUUUC